AUGGUACCAGAGACGGGCAUGUCCAACGCCUUUGGAUAUAUCCCAAGCGAGGCCAACUUUAUCCACCCUGGCAAACGUCCUCUAUCCAGCAUCAGCACCUCCAUCGUUGAACGUCCGAAUGGUACUGUAUCCCUGGUCACUGGUUCCGCCGGUGGUAUCAUCACUACGACUCUUCAAGUCAUGUUGAAUGUUCUCGAGAAGAACACGACAGCCCACGAAGCAUUGACCGCGCCAAGAAUGCACGACCAGCUUGUGCCACAAGAAGUCAGUUUCGAGUACGCAUUUGACAACUCAACAAUAGCAUACAUGAAGGAGAUAGGAUCAAAAUCACAUGGGUGGCGCCGGGGCAGAGCACAGCUCAAGCUUUGA